AUGAAGUUCACUGGCCAAAGGAGCAUUAGAGAGUACAUAAUGAAGGGGAUAGACAUCGCUGGAAAGCUGAAAGGUCUGAACAUGACCAUUGAGGACUCUUUUCUUGAGGAAGAAGAAAUAAUUAAGAAAGGCAAGGUAGUAAGUGUGAAUCUGAUCACAAAGCCAAAAUUUAAGAAAACCUUUGGCAAUAAGAAAUUUAAGGGAAGCACCUCAAAGAAUGUUGUGAAACCUGAAAAUGAUAAGGGAAAAUGUCUCAAAAUCUCAGGUCCUGUGAAAUGUUUCUUUUGCAAGAAGUUAGGCCAUUUCAAGAAGGAUUGUGAGGGAUUCAAGAAUUGGUUGAACAAGAAAGGGAUUAUCAAGGAUAACAAUCCCAAAAAGGAAUGA